ACACUGCAGCCGAAAGAGCGCCACAAUUUUGUGAAUUAACGCACUCGUUUUACUCGUUUAAAUAAAUAAUGUUGGAAACCGAUCACAGUGCUGGCUCGGAGGAAGAGCCGGAUGUGCCACCACCAACCACGGCGUCAUCGGGUCAGAUAAAGGCGAUUGCCAAGGAUACAGUGCACAAAAUAUGCUCGGGACAAGUGGUUCUCAGUUUGGCCGUGGCUGUCAAGGAGCUGGUGGAGAACUCCAUAGAUGCGGGCGCCACGCUGGUGGAGAUCAAGCUAAAGGAUCAGGGGCUGCAGGGUGUGGAGGUCAGCGAUAAUGGCAGUGGCGUGGAGGAAACGAAUCUAGAGGGGAUGACUGCCAAGUACCAUACCUCAAAGAUCCGGGAAUUCGUGGACCUGCUGGGCGUGGAAACCUUUGGAUUCCGUGGAGAAGCUCUGAGUUCACUGUGUGCCUUGUCGGAUAUGGUCAUUCAAACCCGGCACAAGUCUACAGAUGUUGGCGUUAAGGUGGAACUGGACCACGAGGGCAGGAUCAAGAAGCGUUCUCCUUGUGCCCGUGGAGUUGGCACCACCGUCGUCCUGGCAAAUCUUUUUACCACUCUGCCAGUUCGUCGGCGUGACUUCACGCGCAACAUCAAAAAGGAGUUUACCAAGAUGUGCCAGAUUCUGCAGGCCUAUUGUUUAGUGACCAAAGGUGUCCGCAUCCUUUGCAGCAAUCACACUCCCAAAGGUGCCAAAACUGUGGUGCUACAAACGCAUGGCGACCAGGAGGUCAUGGCGAAUAUAUCGGCGAUAUUUGGAGCACGUCAGGCCGCAGAGCUUGUGCCUUUAAAGUCGCCUUUUGGGCAGGGCCAGCUGAGCGAGGCGGAAUUGCGGGCCGAUCUUGAAUCUUGUGCAGAUGUCGCCGAUACCACUUGUCCGCAAAUCUGCGCUGAGGAUGUAGAGCGUCUUAAUCAAGCGGACUUCCAACUUGAAGGAUUCAUUUCCAGUUGCCGGCAUGGCGCUGGCCGUUCUAGCAGAGAUCGUCAGUUCUUUUUUGUCAACUCAAGGCCCUGUGAUCCCAAGAAUAUAGCCAAGGUGAUGAACGAGGUUUACCAUCGCUAUAACGUCCAACAGCAGCCCUUUAUUUAUCUCAAUAUCGUCACUGCCCGUUCUGAUGUGGAUGUGAAUCUCACGCCCGACAAACGACAAUUGCUGAUUAACAACGAGCGAAUUCUUCUGCUGGCACUGAAAAAAUCCCUGCUGGACACCUUUGGCCAAACUCCAGCUACAUUUCAAAUGCAGAACACCACCAUUUUGAGCAUGCUGGAACCCAAGACAAAUCCCGAUAAAUCUAAAUUCCCAGAAGAAUCUAGUAACAAUAACCAAAACGAAGAAGCAUCCGAAGAAGAUGUACCCACUACCUCUACGCAGAGAUUCAUGGAUGUGCUCACCCAGUGGCGACGCACUGGCGACACAAAAGGGACGGCACCAUCAGUUCCUGUCAAGCGUCGAUGCAGUGAAACCGAAGAACUGAGUACUCGAACGUUAAAAAUGCAAAAGAUUCAUACUUUUCUCAGCCAAGAGUCACCCAAAGAGGAGAGUUCCAAAUGCGAGACAGAAUCUGACGCAGCGAGUGAUGUUGAAAUGUCAAAAGACGACAAGACGCAGGCUUCCCUUGAUAAUAGUUUCCUGAACCUGAAAGAGCUGGCUAAGGAGUCCGAGGCUUAUGAUCUUUUGACGAAACCUCAAAAAGUACCUCGCAUUGAUUGCAAGGUCCUGACUCCAAUUAAAAGUCGUCCCAGUAUUGCCGAGUUUAUACCCGAUGCCAAGUCAUUGGCCAAACAGAAGUCACCUGCAGAAAUCCACCCACAACCGCCUAGUUCCACUCAGCUGUCAGAAGAAACUGAUAUUGGUAGCGACGAAGAUGACCACAUUGAGCUGCCCACACGGAUUGAGUUUGAUGAAGAGGUGGAGGAGGGGCUGCCAUUGAAUUUUUCCAGCGGGGAAAUAACUACUUCUCUAGAGGAGAUCGCAUCUUCUCUAAAGGCUCACGAGCAGCAUCAGCGUGAUCGGAGAGCUCGAGCCAAACUUCAGCGUCUGCGCUUCAAGACAGAAAUUAAUCCGAACCAGAACCACAGUGCAGAAGCAGAACUACAGCGAGAGAUCGAUAAGGAGGAUUUCGCCCGCAUGGAAAUAAUAGGACAGUUUAAUUUGGGCUUUAUCAUAGUCAAGCUAGAGGAUGAUCUAUUCAUUGUAGAUCAGCAUGCCACUGAUGAAAAGUACAAUUUUGAGACGCUGCAGCGCACAACUCAAUUGGAGUACCAGCGCUUGACAGUGCCGCAAAGUCUGGAACUAACUGCGGUUAACGAGAUGGUGCUAUUGAACCACAUUGAUGUGUUCGAGAAGAAUGGUUUCAAGUUUGAAGUUGACCACGAAGCUCCUGUCACGAAAAAGGUGCGUCUGUUGGGCAAGCCGCACAGCAAGCGAUGGGAAUUUGGCAAGGAAGACAUUGAUGAACUCAUCUUUAUGCUGCAAGAUGCGCCCGAAGGCACCAUCUGUCGCCCGUCUAGGGUGCGAGCUAUGUUUGCCUCACGUGCCUGCCGAAAAUCGGUAAUGAUUGGCACAGCUCUUAACAGGAACACAACGAUGAGAAGACUAAUCACACAGAUGGGGGAAAUAGAACAGCCAUGGAACUGUCCACAUGGACGUCCCACCAUGCGACACCUCAUAAACAUCACAAUGAUAAUGGACAAUGACGAAAACGAGGAGGCAGAGCCUCCGGCCUAACAGAAGGCAGAAUAGUUCCGGUUUUAUGCAUAUAAGUAAGAAAUCAGAUGGAAAAUUAUUGUUGCAGUUAUUAUUUUAUUUAACUUUUUGUUUGAGCCACUAAGUAUACGUCAUUGUUCUGUAAAUGCUUACUUGAUUAACGAUUAAACGACAUGAUCAGACUGACAA